AUGUCGUGCAGCACUCGGGAGAUUGUUUUAGACAGUCUUGUCAAGAGCACAUUUGCUUUGCUUUUGGAUGAUGCGAACACUGGUGAGAAUCGUGAACACUUGAACUUGGCGCAGAAACUGGACAAACGGAUUGAACUGCUUCGCGCUCGCAGAAAUGACGAUCUCCUUACAAGUCUCACGCACCUAAAAAGUGCAGUUGUAUCUCUACGUACUUGCUUUAGAGAUCUUAGAAAAUGGGCAGAGUCUUCUGCAGAAAAUUCAACCAGUCAAAACGAAUUUCUACAUGAUGAAAGCGCGAGGCUGGAAACGUAUUUUCCAAAUGACUCGCAAAGUCAGUUGUACACGCCGAAACACGCACAACUACAGGAAGAAGUCUUACAAAUCCAGUCAAGCAAAGAAUAUGAGGACGCCAGUAGAUUGUUUGUUAAUUCGAAGGAGAUUUCGGCAAAGGUUUUCGAGGACGAAAGUGAAAGAGAAACUCAAAUCACGGCAACUAAGGUACGCGUCAUCAGCGAAAUUCUUGGAAAUUUAACCAAUCUCAAAGGUGCAGCCGAGAAAUGCAUUGAAUACAUUUCAGAACUUCAUAAAAUUUUCAACCUACAAAGAUCUCCUUUUCCAACAUGGUACAAAGCUCUACUGAGUUACAAAAAGUCAGAAUCCCAAGAGAUGGAAGGCUUGGGUUCCGCAAUGCAUAUCAAUGCGGUAGUGUUUCGUUUCAUUAAGGAAUUUAUUAGAAAACCAGUUCCCAUGUUGAAUUGGACCACGAUCGAUAUAACCAGAGAGACUACAAGAGUUGAUACACCACAAGAACAAGAGAGACCAGAACAGUUUAUGUACAAGAAGACCCAUCAUCCAAUUUUAGGAGAACAGCCACCCAAAACCAAUAACCCAGAUCCGUUUACGGCAAUCGAUGAGGACGAGGCCGACGAGCUAUGUAUUGAUUCCCAAGUUUCAGCCGUCAACUGCAGUGGAGAAGUCUUUGCAAAAGAAGUGCCCGUAGACGAAAAUCCACCGACAGGUAUUAUUUCCGUUCGUUUCUAAACUGUAGCCGCACUAAACUGUAAAUUAUCAACAUACCAUUAUAGUUCAGUUUUACCAUGGAUAUAUAGUUGAACUUUUAUUAUCAUUACCCAUUGUCAAUCUUUAAAUAUUUUCGCUCCUAUAGUGUCAAAACUUCUGCAGUUGCCCAUAAUCUGCCGCCCUCGCGAAAUAAAUUAAAUUCAAAUUCGAAAUAUAAUAUAACCGUAUUUUAUCUCUUUUUUUAUUCACAUCUUUAGUGAUGAUUUUUGGUUUAUUUUUGGUUUCCGUUCUAUUCUGUUUUAUAGUGAUUAAGAGGAUAACGCCAACUGGCAAUAAGGAGUACUGUGUUAAUGGAAAGAGAAAUAUAUUGAGUAUUUCCAUCGACUGUGCUGAUUGCCAUACUAAUGAGGCCUCUGCUCAAUCCAACGAGGCUAGCUGUGAGCUUAGCUUCAGCAUGUCCAAUACACCAUGCAAAGGCAAAAUGUACAUUCUAGCAGCAUCUAACUCUCGCAAACGCGUACUGUAUUUCCUUUAUGUUAUUGGUAUGGAUGAAACCAUACAUCACGAAGAAAAAGUGGGAUUUUUAGAAAGCGAUCAACUCCUAGAGGCCAAGAUUUUUUGCAUCAGAGAGAGAAAGUUGAUUAUACUCAAUGUUACAGGUAGUUUCAUAUAUAUUUGUGAUAACAAAGGCGAACAUUUAAAGACAAUCGAUAUGACCGCAAAAUUAGGUAAUGCACAUUUUUUUAGACCCCGGCCAAUUAUUAGUAUUUCAUACAAUGGUGAAAUUGUGUCCUCAGAAGGACAAAACAAGCUUAAUGUUUAUAACAUUGAUGAAGAAGGUGAAGUGAUAUUAAAACAUGAAGUAAUAUUAAAACAUGUAGUGCAAGCUGUAGCAUUUAAUCGCGAGUUGGACGAGCUAAUAAUUUUAUGCUAUACGUCAGUCCCACAACAAUAUCGUUUGGUAAUUUCAACGAAAGCUGGAAUAUUAAAACAAGAUAUUAAGCUACGAAACGGUAAUUAUCGGGAAGCAAAGUUGAUUUUCCACCGAAAUGGUCCAGUAGUAUUGCUAAUUGACAAUCAUAGACUACUUCAUUUAGAGUAA